CUUAAUAAUGUUACGAAUUAAUAUAACACCCUGUGAAUAGGUAUGUUAUGAUUUGUAAAGUUUUGUCCAAGGGCAGGCGCGUUUUACGAAAUGUUUUAUGAUCGCAAUUCAAGAUCAAGUCAUCAGAACACAGUAUUAUGCGAAACACAUCCUAAAAGAUCGAACAGUUCCUGAUGAUCUUUGUAGGAGAUGUAAACGUGCAAAAGAAACUAUCCACCAUAUAACAACGGGGUGUCAGUCAAUAGUACAAGCAGACUAUAAGGUCAGACAUGACCAGGUGGCAAAGAUAAUACACCAGAAAAUAGCACUUAAUUUCCUAUUAACCCAAGAAAACACCCUUUAUUAUAAAUAUACUCCUGAAAGGGUUAUGGAGAAUGACAUUGUUGUAUUAUACUGGGACAGAACGCUACUUACUGAUCGUACUGUUCAAGCAAAUAGACCAGAUAUAACAUUAAUAAAUAAAAUGGAAAAAUGGGCAUUCUUAAUAGACGUAGCCGUACCGCAUACGAAUAACCUCCAGGAUACGCAUAAUACAAAAAUAAACAAAUAUAGGGAACUAGCAGUAGAGAUAAAAGAACAAUGGGGUCUCAAUAAAGUUACAAUUUUACCAGCGGUUCUCUAGCAACAGGAAUUAUACCAAAAUCAUUUAUAGACACCUUAAAUGCAUCAAUCAUGCCAGAAAUGAUUCGUCCCAUCCAAAAGGCUGUCAUAUUAUCCACAUGUAAUAUGACAAGAAAAUUCCUAAAUAUUCAAUAACCAUUUGAUUAACAUACUUUCGACUUAUUAGCUCUGUCUGCUUAGGUAUCAGCCCGCAGACAACUACCAACAACCGGUAAAAGCCGAGAA